AUCAGGCAGAGUCCGUGCACUGCACAUGAUGGAUAUAGUAAUGGUUUCUCCAACUGGUGGAUGCUUAGUUGGGCCUGAAUUGUCCAAAAUGCCCAAUCCUCUUCCUUUGAUUUGGGCCUGAAGUGUGUAGUUGGGCAUGUCUGGCUAAGUGUGGUCAGUCGAUCCAAUAAAAGGAAAUUCUAUUGAUAUUUAUUAUAUAUACAUGUCACACUCCCUUUGAUUCCGCCACCAACGGCAGCUUCACCGGUUCAGUAGGUGAUCCGGCCAUCGUUUCAUCGCACUUCUCUUCCGUCCGCCACGCCAUACCGGCACCAGCCGGUCCCCCUCCCCUGCUGCAUUUAAACAUUUCCGCAACGCCCCUUGCCUUUUGGUUUUAUUGGUCUCUCUUUCUUCUUAGCGCUGAUCUACCACCGGCGGCCAUGAGUGACCUCACCGAGCUUGGUUUCGCCCUGAUCCUCAUCCUGUCGCUCUUUCUCCUUGGACUCACCGCCGAGCUCCUCUACCUCUUCUUCCGCCGGCGGAGGCACCCCGACUCCGCCGAUCCCGAGCGCGCCGGCGUCUCCUCCGCGGGGCCCACACACAGGGUGCUUCUCUUCCACGCGCUCUGCCUCAACUCCAAGCGCCGAUCCCGCGUCGAGCCUGCCUCUGCGGUCGCCCCUUCUCAUGCGAAGGCGACUAAGGCGGAGCCGAAGGAGGAGGAGGAGGAGGAAGAGAGCGACCUGGCUCGUUGGUCCGCCGUGUGCUUGGGCCCCUCGAGGGCUCUCUACACCAUCAAGGAAGAGGAGCCUGAAGAGGAGGAUGGCGGAGACGACGAAGCGCAGGAGACGACGCCAUUCGAGACGCCGUGCGCGUCGCUGCGGUUCGAAUCGCCGUCGCCUCCGCCUGAAACGGCGGAGGCCGUAGAUCCCGCGCCCAGCGGGGCCCACCGAAAGUUAGAGUUCCCAUGAGUCGCAUAUCCUCGAAUGUACGCACGCCCGUACCAAACAUCUAUGACGAGCUACCGUUUUCUGUGAUUUUUUUUUAA